UAUACCUCUCGCCACGUCUAAAGUUUCUUUCGCCCUCAAGUUCCUCUGUCCCCUCUGACAUUCCUCACAACCAACUCACAAUCUUCCCGUGCUAGCUCUUUUCUCGCUUGCCGGAUCUUUGAAGAGCACGAAAAUCGAAUGAAUCUUGAUUUGUUUUCUAAUUGUGUAUCUGUAAUUAGCUUUCGAUAUUCGAUUGUAGUCAGGGAAUGCGAGUCGGUGAUUUAGUUUAUUUAAAUAUAGUGUGAUGAAUAAGCAAAUGGAAAACGGUGUAGUGAAGAACGGUGUUGUGUGCUCCUCGGAAUCGGUAAAUGGAGGCGAAGAUGUUUAUAGCUGUAAAGAAUCUGAUGCUUCAUCGGCUGAUCAUCUCGUUGUGAUGGUCCAUGGAAUUCUUGGAAGCGACAUGAAUUGGAAGUUUGCGGCUGAGAAGUUUGUUAGAGAGCUACCUGAUAAAGUAUUUGUUCACUGUAGCACGCGGAAUAUGGCUAAGCUGACAUUAGAUGGUGUGGAUGUUAUGGGUGACCGAUUGGUGGAGGAGGUCCUUGAAAUGGUCAAACAAAAGCCAUGUCUACGCAAGAUUUCUUUUGUUGCACAUUCUGUGGGAGGGCUAGUGGCUAGAUAUGCCAUUGGGAGAUUGUAUGCGCCUCCUAGAAAGGAAAAUGGGGAGGAUUUGUCAGCUAAUGUCUGUGGAAAGGAAUUAAAGGGUACAAUAGGUGGGUUGGAGCCGAUAAACUUUAUUACUGUUGCCACGCCUCAUCUUGGUUCAAGGGGUAACAGGCAGGUACCAUUUCUCUUUGGGGUCCCUGCCUUUGAGAAAGCUGCUAGUCUUGUUAUUCACUUGAUAUUUAGGAGAACAGGCAGACACCUGUUCCUUAAUGAUGCUGAUGGAGGAAAGCCCCCAUUGCUCAGGCGCAUGGUGGAAGAUUAUGGUGACUGUCAUUUCAUGGCUGCAUUGCAUUCAUUCAAACGCCGGGUUGCAUAUUCAAAUGUUGGCUACGACCAUAUUGUGGGCUGGAGAACAUCAUCAAUUAGAUGUAACUGUUGCUUACCCAAGUGGGAGGACUUUGUAAAUGAAAAAUAUCCUCAUAUUGUGUAUGAAGAACACUGCAAGGCGCGUGAGGGUGAGGAGUGUGAGCACACUUUAACGGAGGAUGAUGGUUUAGAUGAGCUAGAAGGGGAACUGAUGACUGGCCUAUCCCGUGUGUCAUGGGAAAAAGUAGAUGUGAGCUUUCACAGCAGCAGGCUUAGGUUUGCAGCUCAUAGCCUUAUUCAGGUCAAAGACCCUUGCACACAUUCCGAAGGUGCGGAUGUUAUACAACACAUAAUUGACCAUUUUCUUAUUUGAGGCCUAUCAACAACCAAGAUGCACUCUGUCUCCCCAUGUAAGGCUACAUUGUGUAUGGCGCAGAAGAAUAUGCCUGCCAUUGAAAUCCCCGUACUGGAUUGUUGAUUCGUACUGCGUGACUUCCUUGCUUGCAGGCUGAAAGAUGCUCGAAGUGCGAAUGAUGGGCAACUCUGACACGAUUAAGAAGCAGCUAAAAUAUUUUUUUUUAUUCAUUAGGCAUUUCAGUGUACAUGAGCACACUUGGUUAAUCAGUUAAUUGAAGAAUGUUGCAUUAUUACCCAUUGAGUAAAGCUAUUUAGGCUCUCAAUUUACUGCCACAAUUUGCAGAUCCAAUCUACUAUUACCAUUGUAUUAACAAUUAAUCUUUAUAUCAAUGAGAACAGUGG